CCACCUCUUGGGAAGGGUGAAGUCCAGAAAACCAACAGACCAAACGCCACCCACUAGAGAGAGAAAUACUCUGAAAGAGGUUUUAGAGAGAGAAAGACUCUGUAAAAGAGGGUUUUUCAGGGAAGAAGAGAUUGAGAAGAUUUAUGUCUGCUAAGUCAGAUUUGGUAGUGUUUGGGGCUCCUUCAUUGAAGCUCUCUUAUCAAUUUUACUCACUUUUUUUUGCUCACUUUAUGCAAUUUCUUCUCUGCUGUUCAUCUCAGCAGAGUUCUAUACCCGGAUUUUCACCCGUUUCGAUGCGUUUGAGGCCCAAAAGGACUUGUUCUGGAGUAGAGUGUUUUGGGGGUUUUCACAUAAAAAGAUUCAUAGAUUUAUUCAUCUUUUUAAGAGUGUCUCUCACUUGAUUUUUGCCUAAUUUACUUCCACCUUUUUUACAUAAAUCUUUAUUUUCUUAAAAAUUCUUUGAAUCCUAAAAAUUUUCUGGGUUUUUGGAGUUUGAUCUUAACCCAGAAGAAAUGGCUGACCUUCAGAAUCCAAUGUUGACUCAGAAAUUGUUUUACAGCAAACCCAAAACACUGAAAAAAGUCCGAAUUUAUUGCCUUGAUCCGGAUAUGACUGAUUCUUCAUCUGAUGAUGAGAGUGAAAACAGGAGAAAAAGACCAUCUGGGUCUAAAAAACGGAUAGUCCAAGAGAUUAUCCUGCCCGUAAAUUCGGGUUUUAACAACCCGGUUGCCGAAACUGAGAGUUCUUGCCAAGAUGAUAACAACAAUGGUUGUAAGAGGAAAAGAAAGUCGUCUGAUAAAACCUCUACCACUCGAAAACCCGCUUCAUCGAAGUAUAAGGGUGUGAGGCAGAGGAAAUGGGGGAAAUGGGCAGCGGAGAUUCGAGACCCAAUUCGAGGGGCUCGAAUCUGGUUGGGGACUUACAAUACUGCUGAAGAAGCUGCACUGGCUUAUGAACAAAAGAGGAUUGAAUUUCAAAUUCUGAUAGCUGAGAAAAGCCAGAAUGCUUCUUGUUCUGCUGCUACUGCAGUGCAAAACCCUGCUGUUUCUGAGGAUUCGGAGAGUGUUGUAUCGCAUAACUCUCCUGCCUCAGUGCUCGAAAUCGAUACCUCUGCAUCGCAGAUGAAAUUAACCAGCAAUGUUGACAGUACAGUUGAUAUUGAAAUUGGAAAGAGCAAAUGUGUUGAGUCUGUUGGCAUUAAGGAGUCUGAUGACAUUGUUCCUGUAAUGAGCUCAAUCGAAGAGGAAUUCCAACGCAGUGAUUUCGACUUACAAAUGGAGCUCGAUUCGUCCCUCAUGUUUAAUGAUUUUGGUGAUAUCUUUGCAGACUUUGAUGCAUUCAAUGGCCUUGAAGUUCAUGGGUUCGAUUCCCUCGAGCCAUCUGAUCUACCUGGGUUCGAGUUCGAUUUUAACUUGAGUAACGAGGAAUUUGCCUGGAUUGAAGAACCCCGGAACGUUGCUGCAGCAGCAACAGCAGCUGCAGCAGCCACUAAGUUUUGUAGCGAGUAAUUAAUUAGUAGUAGUAACUAGUAGAGAUAGUACUAGCUAAUCUAUAGAAGAACUACUUCGUAUUAUAUAGGGAAGUAAGCAGUUUUGAUAAACAGAUCUUAAGAGAUUGAAUGAAAACAUACUCUUAAGAUCUGGUUUUUUGUUUAAUUUUCAAGUUUUCGAGUUUAAAUCUUGUUAUUGAGUGAGUAUCAAAGAUGUAAGUGAGCAAGGAAUGAGCUUCUUUUUUGAUGUAAAAGUGGGAGAUGAAUUCAAUGGGUUUUCCUGUGCUGUUAGAGCAGUCCAUUGUUGUUCAUCUUCCUCUAGGAAACAAACAAUGCUUACCAUCCAUAAAAAUGUUAUUAUCAUAUAAUGCUCAUUUUCAGUAUCUUAUUAUAUGCAUGAAUAAUAAUAAGCAAGUUUGAAUUUA